GGCGUCUGUAUAUAAAUUCGACGAGGUUACUCUCCAUCAGCAGCACAUCCUACACACUCGCUUCAGGUUCAGCUCCCUGCCAAGUUUUGGCACCCGACAGGAUGUAUUUCAACCCACUUCUCUUCUUGCUCCCAGCUUGGGCGGCGGCGCAGACGACGACCAUCACGUCCUGCCAUACCGACCUUAUCUCCAUCCAGCUCCCGUUCGUCUCGACGGCCGUCAACACGACGACGACGGCCCAGGUGUACUUUGUGACCGUCACCGCGCCCGUCAUCACCACCACCGUCCCGCAGCAGACCAUCACCACCACGUCAACCGUCGUCGCCACCGCCACCGUCACCGCGCCUCCCAACACUGACGUCUUCUUCACCACCUCCACCGCUGUGGCCACGGCGACCACGACCAUCACCACUACCAGAACCUCCACCGUGGUCGUGUGGUUGCAGUCCACGUCGACGACGACGACGACGAUCCCACCACCCAUCGGCUUCCUAAACGUCGUCGACACCACCGCGACCGCCUACCCGGCCAACCGCGCGGCGAGGCGCCGCUAUGCUCUGCCCGCCGAGGGCCUCGAGGCCGUCGAGGACACCAGCCUCGAGAAGCGCCAGACCGACCUCAACCUGAACCCUCUCCUGCCCGUCGGCGUCGGCGUUGGCCUCUUCAACGGCUACGUCCAAUGUAAGCGCUCCACUCCCCAACUCCUCGUCCAUGGCAAGCUAACCGCGCAGGCUCCGAAACCGUCGUCAUCCGGUACACGAACACCAUAGUCGCGACCAACAUAGCGUCGACGGCGACCGUGACGCCCGACCCCACAGGCACGACCGUCUUCCAGACCUUCACGGCGAUAGCGACCGCCACGCCCGCCAACGUGCAGGCGACGUCAGCGUUCGUCACGACGGCCACCGUGACGCAGACGGUCGUCGUCGAAGCGAUCACCACGACAACUAUGACGAGCGUCGCCACGGCCACCGCGACCGCUACCUUCUACGCCGCCUGCGGCACCAACAACCUGCUCGGCCCCACCGUGGCCGCCAACGGCGGCACCAUCUACAAC